AUGAUUACUGAGAAGCAAAAGGCCUCCCACGAGGAGGUCCGCCACCUUGACGAGAAGGCUGGAGAGGUCCUACUGACCGAGAUUGAUCCCGACAAGGAAAAGAAGCUUCUAAGCAUCAACAUUGGCAAUGCUCGAAUUCAAGGACUCGAAAAGGACCUUGGCAUGGUAGGAAGCGACUACAACAUUGCCCUGUUCACCUUCUUCAUAACAUACAUUCUCUUCGAGGUUCCCUCAAACAUGUUCCUCAAGCGGGCUAGGCCUUCCGUGAUCCUCAGUUUCAUCGUUGUAGGGUGUGGUAUUGUCACAGUCGGCCAAGGUGUCACCCAGUCCUUUGGUGGCCUCGUCGUAUGCCGGGUCCUCAUUGGUCUUCUUGAGGCGGGAUUCGUCCCAGGUUGUGUGUACUUGAUCUCGAUGUACUAUAAGCGCCACGAGCUUCAAUGGCGUAUCAAUCUGUUUUACGCGGCAUCCAUCCUCGCGGGCGCCUUCUCAGGUCUCUUAGCCUACGCCAUCGCUCACAUGUCGGGGGUUGCGGGCUAUGGCGGGUGGAGAUGGAUCUUUAUAAUCGAGGGAAUUGCCACUUUCCUCAUCGGUGUUUUCGCGUACUUUGUGACGCCUGACUGGCCCCAAACUGCUAAGUUCCUGACCGAGGAAGAGCGGGCAAUGGUCAUGGCUCGGCUGGCCCAGGACACUCCGGACGCGAGCAUGAACCACUGGAACAAGUCCACCGCGAAACGGGUUUUGGGCGAUUUGAAGAUCUGGCUUGGUGCCCUCAUGUACCUUGGAAUCGUCACCACGACGUACAGCACCUCCUUUUUUAUCCCAAAUAUCCUCAGCCAGCUCGGCUGGACAUCUCUCCGCGCCCAGUACAUGUCCAUCCCCGUCUACAUCGCAGCCACCGCCAUCACUCUCACCGUGGCGAUAUUCUCGGAUCGCCUCAAACACCGGUUCGGUUUUAUCCUCCUCGGCUGCCUCAUCACGACAAUCGGCUAUGGCAUCUUGCUCGCGACGCCGUACGUCCCCGUCGAGGCACGCUAUUUCGCCUUGUACCUCAUCACGUGCGGAUGUUGGCUGACACAGCCCGUCACCGUGGUCUGGCUCAAUAACAACCUUGGCGGCCACUACAAGCGAGGUGUCGGUGCUGCCAUCCAGCUUUCGAUUGGCAACUGCUCUGGCAUCGUCGCUUCCAACAUCUUUCUUCCGGCCCAGGCACCGAGGUAUAUUCUUGGAUACGGGCUGGGGCUCGGAUUCGUGUGGCUCUGCGUCCUGGUUGCCUGUGUAUUUAACUUCUGGAUUAGGAGGGAGAAUAAGAUCCGCGACGCUGGGGGGCGUGACGACAGGCUCGAUCUGCCGGAGGAGGAGCGGAACAAUCUUGGCGACGACCAUCCGAGCUUUCGAUUUACCGGUUAG